CAGAAAUCGAAAUCGCCCAAGGGACGUGCGAUAGUCGCCGAGAGACAUGGGAUCAGACGAAGUGCGGCGUUGAAGGGGGUGCGAAGCGAUGUGCGCGGAGUUGCUCACUUUCUCAUGUGCCAACCGCCGGCCGUCGUGGAUCGCGCGCCGUGGCUCAGUCGCGUCUUGCUGCUGUGGCUCGACCCGCUCUUUCGCCUUGGCGCGACGCGACGUCUCAUGGACAACGAUGUUUGGCAGCUGGAGGCCAAUGACACAGCGGAAAAGCUCAGCCGUCGCUUCCUAAGCCAGUGGAUCGACGAGCAAGCGCGGCGACGACGUCCAAGCUUGCUCCGAGCCAUUUGCCGCACCUUUGCUUGUGAAAUUGGAUGUGUCGCCGCCAUGUCGGUCGGGUACUCCCUUCUCGUACAAUUCCAGCCGCAUUUGAUUCAAUCGCUCUUGCUCUUCAUGACGACCGCAGUCGAGGAGUCGUCGGCGGCCCACGGGUACUGGCUGGCUGUGCUCCUGGCGGGGGUGUCGCUACUGUCGGUGACCAUUCUGGACUCGUCCUUCUUCGUCACUGCCAAGCUUGCAACGAACGUCAAAUCUGUCGUGAUGGAUUUGGUCCUGUCGAAGUCGCUGCGACUGCCCAGCGAUGCUGCUGCGGGUCCUGGCGGUGCACCACCAGGCGGUGGCGAUGUGAUCACGAUGCUCGCGGUGGAUUCCACCCGUAUUUUCGUGGGUUUUGUCGCGUUGCCAUGGCUCGUCGUUCCUGUCGUGGCUCUUCCGCUCCUGUACACGUUCAUUGGGCUCGCCAUGGGGUGGCAAGCGGGUGUGGCUGGAUUUGUGACGCUCUUGGCGGUCAUGACAGUCGGAUAUUUCUGUGCGCAUGCUGCAGGCCACCUGCGGCACGACCUGAUGGCAGUGCAAGCUGCCCGCGUCAAGCUUACGAACGAGAUCAUCUCUGGCAUCCGUGUGGUCAAAAUGCACGGCUGGGAAACGUGCCUCCAAGCCCGUGUCUCGCACAUCCGCGACGCGGAACUCCAACUCCAACACAAGUACCAGUUUGGAAGCGAACUCAACGCAAUUGGGCUGCUCGUGGCGCCGACGCUGUCCCUCAUUGCGUGUGUCGUCGUGCAUGUUGUUGGGCUUGGUCACGACCUCACUCCGACGGUGGCGUUCACCGCCAUGGCAUCUGUCAACAUUGCGCGGCUGCCCUGCAACUUGUUUGCGUUUGCCGUCAUGCGGGUCACGGAGGCAUGGACAUCGGCCGACCGCAUUGCCACGUUCCUUGCGGCUCCAACGGAAGCGGCAUCGACCGAUGGCGAGGCCGCGGGCUUUCGGACGGAGAGCCCUCGUACGGGCGCUGCUUGCGACGGCAAUGCCUGUGACACUCCAAGAACUGUGGUUGCCAUUCAAGAUGGAUCAUUUGCGUUACGCCGGCCAUACCAAGACCUGCCUUCGUCGCCAACCUCGCCCUUGCCUACGUUUCCUUCGCCGACCUCACUGUGCGACGUGCAUCUGACGAUUCCACGCCACCAACUGACAAUGCUUGUGGGUCCCGUCGGCAGCGGCAAGUCCAGCGUCCUCAAGGCGAUCCUUGGCGAAUUCCACCUUGUCCGUGGACACAUGCAUGUCUCGUCCACUCGACUAGCGUAUGCGAGCCAAGACGCGUGGCUCCAGCAUGCCACCAUUUGCAGCAAUAUAACAUUUCAACCUGACGACGACGACUUGGACCAAGCAGCGUCAUCAAUGCACUACCACAACGUCCUGUCGGCGUGCCAGUUGGGGCCAGACCUGGCUGCGCUACCUCAAGGCGAUCGCACGGUGGUGGGUGGUCGUGGGGUGAACCUCAGUGGCGGCCAAAAGGCCCGAGUGAACCUAGCUCGUGCCCUGUACCAUCGAGAAGCCGACUUGAUCCUUCUCGACGACCCGUUGAGUGCGCUGGACGUCCAUGUCGCCCAAGAAGUGUUCGACCAAGGCAUUCGUGGUCUACUUGCUAACAAGUCGGUCGUGAUGGUGCUCAGCAGCCACUACCACCUCCUGCAGUCCGCGGAUCAUAUUGUGGUGAUGGACCAAGGCCGCGUCGUCCGCCAAGGGUCGUUUGCAGCACUGCAGAACAGCCUGGCAGAGCUGAGCUCUGGUCGAGACUGCGUGAGCUCGACUCCACCUACCGACCCAGCGCCACGUUUGCCGUCCAAAUCUGUCGACCAGGUGCCGGGAAACUCGAUGGAAAAGCGCAAAUUCCCGUCGGUACAAGCGCUGCCCUGCAACAAACGACACCCGAGCGACACGACCCGCUUGCUCCAUCGCGAGUCGCCGCAAGUUGCCUGGGAUACCUACCUCGCCUACUUCAACGCGAGUGGAUGGCAUGGCUCGAUCGUGGUGGCGUUUGUUGGCGGCAUGUACGUGAUGUCUCAAGGUUUGGUGGUCGCAGCCGAUGCCAUCUUGGGCGACGUGACCUCGCCGUCAACGCUCUGGCUGUAUGUAGCCGUCGCCAUCGCGGGGGUUGCCUUGCUGUUUUCGAGAGGACUGGUCGCGCUGCUCGUGAACCUUGCGAGUGCCAAGACUCUGCACAGUCAACUCCUCGCAGCGGUCGUGGCCGCGCCCAUCCCAUCGUUCUUUGACGUGACGCCGGUGGGCACAAUUCUCCAUCGCUUCUCCAGCGACCUCAACGACGUCGACAGCCGCAUGCCGACGUCCGCCGUGUACUGGUUGCAAUGCCAAUUCCAAGUUGCCGCUGUCGUUGUUGUGUGUGGGGCCACGUUGCCGUGGACGCUGCUCUUCUGCGUGCCACUGGCCAUGGCACUGGGCCGCAUAUACACGUGCUUCAGCCACACGUCGCCGGCGCUGUCGCGCCUAGCUGCCGCGCAUCGAGGUCCGUUUCUAGCCCUUGUGACAGAAGCCAUCCAAGGUCUCGCGACCAUCCGAGCAUUUGGUCAAAUGCAGCUCGUCGAAUUACGUGGUCGGCAAGCGCUGGACAAAGCACAGAGCUACUUGUUGGUGCAAUUCCUCGCGUCGCGGUGGCUCCAAAUGCGCAUGGACUGGCUGUCGGGCGGGAUGGUCACCAUCGUUGCCUUCACGUGCGUGUGGUCUCGAGGGCUGAUCAGUGCCAGCGCCGCCGGCCUCGCCUUGACGUACGUGACCCAGUUGUCAGGAUUCCUCUCGCGAGCAGUGAUGGGCCAGGCCGAAGUAGCGGAGCACAUGACGUCAGUGGAGCGCAUGGUCGAGUACAUUUCCCUCGACGGGGAGGGCCAGCACCGCAUACACCGAAACACGGCUCAGGACAUUCUGGACGCCUGGCCACAGCACGGCGCGAUCACGUUUGCAAACUACUCGAUGCGGUACCGCGACGGGCUCCCGCUGUCGUUGAACGGCGUCAGCUUUAGCGUUCGGGGUGGGGAAAAGGUCGGGAUAUGCGGGCGCACGGGGGGCGGCAAGAGUUCGCUCGUCGCGGCGCUGUUUCGUACGGUGGACGCGGCGACCGGCAGCAUCUUGAUGGACGGCGUCGACAUUGCCGCGGUGCCGUUGGCGACGCUGCGCUCGAAACUCACGAUCAUUCCUCAGGACCCUGUCCUCUUUAGCGGGUCGCUGCGAUUCAAUUUGGACCCGACCGAGUCGAUGACGGACGCCGACUUGUGGCGGGUCGUGCGCGACGCGCACUUGGCCGACGUUGUCCACAGCCUCGACUUUGACGUGGCGGAAAACGGAAGCAACUUGUCUGUGGGCCAGAGGCAGUUGGUGUGCAUCGCGCGCGCGUUGCUGCGCAAGUCCAAGGUGGUGGUGCUGGACGAAGCAACGGCCAACAUCGACGUCGACACGGACCGGCGGAUCCAAGACACGCUCCGGGGGACGUUUGCCACGGACGUGACCAAGCUCGUGAUUGCCCACCGCCUCGACACGAUCCUCGACAGCGAUCGCAUCCUCGUGCUCCACGACGGGUCCGUCGCCGCCUUUGACACGCCGCACGCCCUUGUCGCGAUGGACCGCGGCGUGUUUGCGUCGCUCAAACUCUGACACAAACUACUCGAGGAAUAGAGGUUGAAAACGAUUACAGUGUUUCAUGGCGCGAGUCCAAAAACAGCUUGUACACUGGAUUGUCUUGCUCGUCGAACCAGUCGUAGCCGACGCCGUCGAGGAACUCGUCGAACGCGUCGUCGUCUGCCGGCGCAACUUGCAUCCCGACAAGGACCCGGCCGUAGUCGGCGCCGUGGUUGCGGUAGUGGAAUAAACUAAUGUUCCAGUUGUGGUCGCCCAUGCUGUCGAGAAAGUAGGCGAGGGCCCCCGGGCGUUCGGGAAAGACAAAUCGGUACAGCUUCUCGCGGACCGACGUGGCCGAGCGCGGCGCGGGGCCGCCAACCAUGUGUCGCACGUGCUCCUUGGCGAGCUCAUUGUCGGUCAAGUCGAUGGUGGCAAACGAGGCGGCGUUGAGUGUGUCCACAAGGCCAUGCACUUCGCUGCGGCUUGUGGUUUGCAACCCCACGAAAAUGUGCGCUCUCGUCGCGUCGCUGUACCUGUAGUUGAACUCGGUAAUCGCGCGGUGCUCGAGAAAGUCGUGGCAAAACCGCUUGAGGCUCCCGGGCACUUCUGGAAUGGUCACGGCCAAGAUCGCCUCGCGGGCUUCCCCGAGUUCGGCACGUUCCGACACGUGCCGCAGUCUGUCAAAGUUCAUGUUGGCCCCACUCGCAAUCGCCACGAGCUUCUUCCCGGUCGCGCCUUCUCGCGCGACCCACGCUUUGAGCCCUGCCAGCGACAGCGCACCAGCCGCUUCCAGGAUGCUGCGGGUCGCCUCGAACACGUCCUUGAUGGCGGCGCACAUCGCGUCCGUGUCGACCAAGAUGACUUCGUCGAGCAGGUGGCGACACAACCGGAACGUUUCUUCCCCCACUUGCUUGACCGCCACGCCAUCCGCAAAUAAACCCACUGUCGGCAACUCAAUGCGCAUUCCCGCGGCGAUCGAGUCAUGCAUCGUCGCGGCGUCCACGGGCUCGACACCGAUCACUUUUACAUGUGGCCGUAGGCGUUUGACAUAUGCCGCAACGCCCGCCGCCAGUCCACCACCGCCAAUGGGCACGAAGACCGCGUCCAGGUCGUGGCGCUGUCGGAGCAGCUCCAUCCCAAUCGUGCCUUGCCCCGCGAUCACGUCCGGGUCGUCGUACGGAUGCACAAACGUGCCGCCUGUGGUCGCCACGAUCGACAUCGAAUGGGCGUAUGCAUCCGAGUAGGAGUCUCCGUGCAAGACGACAAUGCCUCCGUUGCGCUCGACGGCGCUGAUUUUGAUCUGGGGUGUCGUGACAGGCAUCACGAUGGUCGCAACACACCCCAAUUUCUUCGCGGCAAGGGCAACUCCCUGUGCAUGGUUCCCCGCCGACGCAGCAACAACUCCCUUCGCGCGCUGUUCCUCCGUCAGCUGCACCAUGCAGUUGUACGCGCCACGCAACUUGAAACUGAACACGGGCUGUGUGUCUUCUCGUUUCAGCAGGACGGUGUUACCCGUCCGCGCCGACAGACUCGGCAUGGCAUCCAGGGACGUCUCGACGGCAACGUCGUAUACACGGGCCGUCAAGAUGCGCUCCAGGUAGUUGUCGACGGAACCUGCCAUGUUGAUGCAGCGACGAC